UUAAUUCUUUUCUUCUCUCCGUCUCAUUCACUUUAGUUCCCUUCAACCCAAUUCUCAAAUUUCCCAAAUCCGUCUCAAUCCCUAAUUCCCCUUUCUUCUUUCUCGAGCUUCUUAUUCCAUUAUCUUAUUGGGAGCGUGCUACAAUAUUUCUGAUCCGAUCUAUUUUUUAUAUUAAUUGUUUUUCAUUCAAUUGAACAUUUAAUAUAGUAUAAUUGACGGAUGUUAUUCAUUCUGAACAGAUCGUGAUGAAGUCUUAAGUACAUACAGGGCACAAGAGAGAGUUUGCCUUUGCACUUAACUCUCACUUUGAGAUCGGGACCUCGUUGAGUAUAAUCCGACCUCGUAAGAACCAGAAUAUGGUUUCUGCUCCUAAACCUAAGAGGACAAGAAUGUCUUGUUCACAUGAAGAACUAAAGGACAAUAUUGUUGUUGAAGCUGUCGCAAAAGAUGGUGAUGAUGUUGAGAAGAAAAUGAAAAAUAAGAAGAAGAAGAAGAAUAAGAAUAAGAAGGAAUCAAAUCUACGAAGCAAUGAAUCAAAGAAUCUCCAACCUAGUCCAAAACAUACAACUCAGACUAGUAAUAGUCACGCCUCACCAACAACCAUUAAUUAUAGAUCCCCCGAACUAAUUGUGCCUCAAACUUCAUUAUAUAAAGGAAUGAAGUGCAGCACAUAUUGUGAAAAGAGAUCGCGAAGACUAAAAAGAAAGGAUCAAUGCUUGCAUAAGUUGGUCUUUCAAGAAAAUGUGUUGGAAGAUGGAGCUGCAGUAGGAUACUUUGUUUAUGAAGAGAAACAAUUGCAGGGAGAAAUAAACAUAAAGCAAUCUGGUAUUUUGUGUGAUUGUUGUAAAGAAGUGGUCAGCCCUUCUAAGUUUGAAGCACAUGCUGGUUGGGCAUCGCGACGAAAACCUUACUUUCACAUACGCACAACUGACGGAGUCUCAUUACAUCAGUUGGCCAUUAAUCAUAGAAUUUCUAUUUCCAAUAGUGAUGAACACUGCAGUAAGUGCAAACAAAGAGGGAAUUUGUUAUGUUGUGAUGGAUGCCAAAGAGCUUUUCACUUAGGGUGUAUUCCUGUUGAAUCCCCACCAAAAGAGAAGUGGUACUGUGAAUAUUGUCGUAAUAAACUUCAGAAGGACAAAAAUGUAGAGCAUAAAGAAAAUGUUGUGACAACUCAAAAGAUUAUAGAGAGUGAUCCUUCGGAACAAAUAGCCAAGAUAUGCACUCUUUCGGUAAAACAUAAAGAGGUUGAGCAUAGUUCAUGUGCAUUGUGCAGCGAACGACAUUUCAACAAUGGUGAGUUUAGUCCAUGGACAGUAAUGAUUUGUGACCAGUGUGAGAAGGACUAUCAUGUUGGGUGUUUGAAGGAUCAUAACAUGGCUAACCUAAAGAAAGUACCUAAACAUUAUUGGUUCUGCGGCGUGGAUUGUUAUGAUAUUCACAUGAAACUAAAGAAUUUUAUGGCUCGUGGGGAUGUGCUUCUUUCAGAUUCCCUCCUAAGUUUGAUUAAAAAUAAGAAGGAACAAAAAGGUUUAGAAACUGAAUUUGGUCUUGAUAUAAAAUGGAAGGUUUUCAACCGACAGUUGAUUGUUUCUAAAAUUAUUACUAGUUCCUUGCUUUCCGAUGUUGUUACUAUCUUUCAUGAACAAUUUGAUUCCAUAGUUGUUACCGGAACAAAAAUUGAUUUAAUUCCAGCAAUGGUUAAAGGGAGGAAGAUCAAAGAUAAAUAUUAUUUUGGUGGAAUGUAUUGUGCAGUGCUCAUUGUCAACCAAGUGGUUGUAUCAGCUGGGAUAUUUCGUGUUUUUGGAAAAGAAGUGGCGGAACUUUCCUUAAUUGCAACUAAGGCUGAAUACCAAAAACAGGGUUUCUUCAAGUGCCUACUUUCCUGCAUAGAGAAUGUACUUAAGGAAUUAAAAGUAGAAAGGUUAGUCCUACCAGCAGCUCAUGAAGCAGAGUCAAUGUGGAUAGAUAAAUUCGGGUUCACAGAGCCCAACCAAGGGUUGAUAAACAAUUUUAGGAAAUUCUACCAUAAUUUGAUGAUAUUUGAAGGGACGUCGUUACUACAGAAGAAGUUGGUCCUUCCAUCUCAAUAAGGGUGUUGAGCAGAAUACCCAUUUGACUGGGAAACUUGAAUUUUGUCAAAAGUGUGCAUCAUCGGACGGCGUUUGCUACAAGGGAGGUGAGAAACAUGUGUUGAUUUAUGGCAAAAAGGAGUGAUAAUAGAGAUCCAUCAACAAUUAUUUGUGCAAAAGGAAUUUGGGAUGAGGAAGUGGAAAAUUUUGUGUCAUUCAACUCUUUAUGGUUUGUGCGAAAGGAAUUUGGGAUGAAGAAGUGGAAAAUUUUGUGUCAUUCAAAUCUCUUGUAAAGGAGAAAAAGAAGCAUAUUGUAUCUCAAAUUUAUUGUUAACUAUUUGCAAGUAUUCAUUUGGUUUGAAAAGAAUGACAUUCUCUUCAAUGUGAAAAUGACCAAUUCAAAAGAGUUGAUUGAUAGCAUUAAGAGAUUGUCUUGGGUGUGGUUCAUUAGUUAACAGGGUAGACACAAAAAUUAUGUAUUCUUGGAUUGGUUAAAUUUUCCUUUAUCUUAUCUUUUAGGUGUGGAAUACAACUCUUUUAUAAUGGGUUUUGAGUAACUCUUAUGUUUUCAUCAAUAAA